UUAGAAUUGUUGACGUUCUGAAAACCAUCCUUAUCCCUCAUAGUUAAAACCCUACACAAAAUAAUAGCACAACAAACAACAGUAUUGUUUAAAUUGUUGUUUAAUAGGCGAGCGUUUCUCCACGAGAAAUUCUUGUUGAAAAUGGAGAUCAGCCACGAAUUCCCGAGGCUCACGAGGUAUCUCAGGACUUUUACAGACCUCGAACCUCGAAACCGAGUAGAUUUCAUCUCAAGGUACAACGGUUUUACAGGCGAUACCGAAAAAACCCUGGAGUCAGACUGGAUAAAAUUGGUUAAUGUUAUUGAAGCAAAUAAAUGUCUAAAUGAAAGUGUUUCUCAAAAGCUUAAUUUUUUCAAAGAGGCUGUAAAACAGAUAACAGGAAAUAAAGGUUACGCUUUUGACCCUCAGUUUUUUAUGUUCAGCUUGUUUCUUUACAAUGAACAAGCAUUGAAGAAAUUGGCAGUAUCGCUGAAGAAUGUUUUUGAAAAUGUCACACUUCGAAAAAUGAAGGAAUUAAACAUGAUGGUGCGAGACCUGUACUGCGCAUUGUCGCCCGACUGUCAGAAAGAAGUGAACAAACUUUUGAAGGAAAGUUCUGACAUAAAUUUCCAUAACGGAGGGAAGAUUAUCUAUAAUGUAAGUUGGGUUAAACCGGACAUAAGUUUCCUGGAAAAUUUGGCUCAGGAAACUUUUAUAGAUAAAUUUUCAAUGAAGCUUCCGGUGGCAGAGACAAUUGAUCCAAAGGUUGACAUUUUUUGGCUUGUAAAUGAACUGAAGACUCGCUGCUCAUCCCUAUUUAAAGACACGUUUACCAUGGCUGAUUGUGUUUCCCUCAUCGUCUUGAAAUUAGCCUCUAUUGACAAUUCAACUAUUCUACAGAAAGACUUAGAGGAGCUGUUGGGAAUUAAAAAUGCCGCUUUGGUAGAGAUGAUUAUCCAGCGAAAGCAUGUUUUUUUAAAAGAUGACAUUCUUCUUGGUGCCAGGCAGUAUAGAUCACAAAGAAUGGUUAAUGCACAUGAAGAUAAACCUUUCUCCCUCACUGAUGAAGUGGAGAUUAUACGUUUAAAAUCUACCGACAAAACAGAUCAAAAGACUCUGAAAAAUGACAACAAAGAAAAAUGUCAGGCACAGAGUGAAAGAAAGGAAAUUCAGAAAAUGACAAAGGGCAACAAAUCUUGCUUAUCAAAUAUUCCUGAGUCAAUAAGUAGAAACAUAACUGAGGUCGGAGAGAGUGUGAUUAUUAGAAAUCCGCUUUUUAACCCUUGCACGUUUCAUACAAAUUUUGACUUGAAUGCUAACAAUGGGACGGUUGAACAAAAAGAAAAAGAGACUGAAGUAAAAAACGCAAAAACUAAAAGAAAACAGAAGAAAUCCGUAAAAGCCCAAGAAAUAGUUUCGAAAAACACAUCAGAUGGGACAAAAGUGAAUAAUACAGCUGAUGAGUUUGCAGUUUUUGGAGAAACUCUGGCUAAUUUUUUGAGAUCACAAAAGAACAAAAAUAAAGUAGAUUACAUCAAGGGAAAAAUUGCUGAACUUAUUUUGGAAACAUUUUAGAUUGUGUGGAAAAACAUGCUGAUUUACUAUGAUUUUUCUUAUUUAUAAAUUAGUUUUUUUGAAAAAUAUUUAUACAUCCGUGUUCGUAUCUGUUGAUUUAAUUUUUUCACAUUGUUAUUAACUCCUGCAUAUGUAAACAUAUUUGACAAAGAGAUGAUCUUGGCUGAUUAACAUUUUUAUAUGCUUUGUGAAAAAAUAAAAAAUAAAAAUAAUAUAAUAA